GGUGGUGGUAAUGUACAAAACUGUGUAAAUAGUACGAUCCGUGCUUCUGGAUGAAAAGUUUCCUCUUUAACUAAAACGACAUUCUGAGCUGUCUCACCCACAUGACCUUAUGUGUUUACUUCAUUCUCAUCUCAUCUCAAUUAUAGAUGUUCCAAGGAAUUAUAUUUAUGUAUAUAAUAAUAAUUCUUAUGCCAAAUCAAACCAGCAAUAUCAGACUUAAUCAUAGCGUCUUAUUAUGCAGAUUUCAAUAAGCUUACUUCCUUAAUCAUAAACUAAACAGUAAAACGUGUUGACAUGACUUCGCCGCUCGCUCAAUGUUGGUUGGCAUAAUCUAUUUGCCGGCUAUCAAACAGCACAUAUAAUAAUUCAUUUUUAUUUAUAUGUUCUGUCAGAAAAAUUAUUUUAUUUAAAAAUCCUCGAUGAUAAUAAAUCAUAUGGUUGGCUUUGAGAAUUUUUUUUACAGUAAAUCGUAUGGUCUUGUUUUAUGGACACCCACACCAGUAUGUGGUAGCGUCAAACAAAUGAACACUGGGGGAUAAAAGACUAGAUUAUGUGUCCAUAUGAUAACAACGAAUCUCUGCGGAUAAAUUGUUAUAUGGAAGAUACUGACAGAUUUAUGAUGGCUCUUUUUCAGGAUUUAAUACAGGUAUGGCCAACUAGUAGACAAACUACAAGGAUUACGUGGUAGAAGAAUGAAAAACUAUACAACGGAUUAUAACUGAUUUAUGGAUUUGUUUGUUGUAUUUAUUGGACAAUCAAAACAAAUCCUGACCUUUUCUACAAUUUUAAUUUGUUGGUAAAAAUAUCCUGCAAAUAAACUAAUCAAAGUAAAUAUUUUAGUAAUUAAUAUUUUACAACUUUUUGGAAAAGUAAAAAAAAAGCGCCGCGAAAUCUAGGAAAGAAAUAAAGAAAAACGGCAGUAGAUAAGGUCUAUAUAUAACCUAAGAUUAAAUAAAAUUGAAGAAAUGGAAAUAAACUAGCAAGAGGACAAAAGUAAAAGAGUAAAAAAGGUGCCACAAAUUAAUUUUAGAACGCAUCUCUGAAACGAAGGGUAAAAAAAAACAAUAAAGAAAAAAACCAAACAGAGAGAGAAGAAGAAGAGAGCUAAGGAUCGAACGGAGGAGGAAGAUUCUUCCUCCAAUUACACAUCUCUAUUUUUACGGAAUUUUUCGUAAUUUUAGUGUCAACAAACCCCAAAAAAAAAACGAAACUUGCACUGCAAAAAAAAAAAAACACCAUCUCCGAGAAGAAGAAGGAGAAGGAGAGCUCCGUUAAGUUUCCGUCUUUCGUGAAAAUUAGUGAAUACAAAUUAAUUUUUCUUUACUUCCUUUUUUUUUUCUCGAUUAGAGGUUUCACGGACUCCGUGAUCCAAUCUUGGCGUAAUUGUAAAUCUUUGAUUUCUAUUGUUUUGAUCGAAUCCUCAGAUCUUCAAAAAUUAAGCGGUUAUGAAAUCGAAUUUGUGUUCAUUUCGAUCUGGGUUUACGCUUGAUUGAAGGAUGCAGCAUCAGCAUAAUCUAUUCACGACAAUGCGAAGUUUAAAUCUUGCAGAAGGUUGCAAAGGCACACAAGUCUAUGCACCCCCUCCUCCUCCACAGCCUAAUAACAACGCGACCGGAGGAGUCGGUGACAAGUUCCUCCAACACCUCCAAGACCACCUCCGCGUCAACUCCAUCCGAUCCAAAUCAAGCCGAACCUACCCUCAAGCAAACGUCGUCGUUUCACCUGAAUCCCUCCUCCCUUUCGGCCUCCCUUUAACAGAUCUCCUCGAGCCUCGGAUCGAUCCUUCCUUGAAGUUCCCCGACUUGGUCGACAAGAUGGCUCAGGUCUACCGUCGGAUCGACAACUGCGAUCAAUCGGAGAGAUCCGGAGCUUACUUGGAGCAGUGCGCCGUCUUCAAAGGCUUAUCGGAUCCGAAGCUUUUCCGGCGGAGUCUCCGAUCGUCUCGGCAGCACGCGAUUGACGUUCACGCGAAGGUCGUGUUGUCCUCGUGGCUUCGAUUCGAGAGGAGGGAGGACGAGCUCAUCGGAACGACCUCUAUGGAUUGCUGCGGGAGGAUCUUGGAAUGCCCUAAGGCGACUCUUGUCACCGGGUACGACCCGGAAACGGUUUACGAUCCGUGUCUCUGCUCCGGAGGAGCUUCCGAUGAGGUUCAAGAAUGCUCCACUUCUGAGGAAGCGUUGGACUACGACAUGUCCUUUUGUAUAGGCGACGAGGAGGUUCGUUGCGUGAGGUACAAGAUUGCUUCUUUGUCAAGACCGUUCAAGGCGAUGUUGUACGGAGGGUUUAACGAAAUGAAGCGAGGGACGAUCAACUUCACGCACAAUGGAAUCUCCGUUGAAGGGAUGAGAGCUGCUGAGAUCUUCAGCAGGACCAAGAGGUUGGAUGACUUCCCUCCUCAUGUAGUCUUGGAGCUCCUCAAGCUCGCGAAUAGGUUCUGCUGCGAUGAGAUGAAGUCAUCUUGCGAUGAGCAUCUGGCGCAUCUCGUUGGGACGCUUGACGAGGCGAUGCUGUUGAUUGAGUAUGGGUUAGAAGAGUCUGCGUACCUUCUUGUGGCGGCUUGUCUCCAGGUUUUUCUGAGAGAGUUGCCGAGCUCGAUGCAUAAUCCGAAUGUUAUAAAGAUCUUUUGCAGCGUUGAGGGAAGGGAGAGGUUGGCUUCUCUUGGACAUGCUUCUUUUAAGUUGUACUUCUUCUUAAGCCAGAUUGCUAUGGAGGAUGAUAUGAAGUCUAACACCACUGUGAUGAUUCUGGAGCGUUUGGUUGAAUGCGCGGUGGAGAGUUGGGAGAAGCAGCUUGCGUGUCACCAGUUAGGGGUGGUGAUGCUGGAGAGGAAAGAGUAUAAAGAUGCUCAGAGAUGGUUUAACACGGCGGUCGAGGCUGGUCAUCUUUACUCGCUGGUGGGAGUUGCUAGGUCUAAGUUCAAGCGUGACCAUAGAUACUCGGCUUAUAAGAUCAUCAACUCGCUCAUCUCGGAUCACGUACCUACUGGGUGGAUGCAUCAGGAGAGGUCUUUGUAUUGCAGCGGGAAAGAAAAGCUGCUUGAUUUGGAUACAGCGACCGAGUUAGACCCGACUUUGACGUUCCCUUACAAGUUCAGGGCGGUGGCUUUGGUGGAGGAGAAUCAGUUUGGUGCUGCCAUCUCGGAGUUGAACAAGAUUCUUGGAUUCAAGGCCUCUCCUGACUGUCUGGAGAUGAGGGCGUGGAUAUCUAUAGGUAAGGAGGAUUACGAGGGGGCUUUGAAAGAUAUUCGAGCGCUUUUGACAUUGGAGCCGAACUUUAUGAUGUUUAACGGGAAAAUCCAUGCUGAUCAUAUGGUGGAGCUGCUACGUCCGCUGGCUCAGCAGCGGAGCCAGGCUGAUUGCUGGAUGCAGCUGUUUGAUCAUUGGUCUACUGUUGAUGAUAUUGGAUCUCUAGCAGUUGUUCAUGAUAUGCUUGCAAAUGAUCCAGGGAAUAGUCUUUUGCGUUUCAGACAGUCUCUUCUUCUGCUACGGCUAAAUUGUCAAAAGGCAGCAAUGCGUUGUCUCAGGCUGGCUCGAAACCAUUCGAAGCUGAAGCAUGAGAGACUUGUGUAUGAAGGAUGGAUAUUGUAUGAUACAGGCCACCGAGAGGAAGCUCUGGCCAAGGCUGAGGAGUCUAUUUCCACGCAAAGAUCUUUCGAAGCGUUUUUCCUCAAAGCUUAUGCUCUUGCUGACUCUACGCUCGACCCAAAGUCCGCAGAGUACGUAAUCCAGCUCCUUGAAGAAGCACUUCGUUGCCCCUCAGAUGCUCUCCGUAAGGGACAAGCUUUGAACAAUCUGGGGAGCGUGUAUGUGGAUUGUGAGAAGCUCGAUCUUGCAGGUGAUUGCUAUACGAACGCGCUCAACAUCAAGCACACACGAGCACACCAAGGUCUUGCACGUGUUUAUCAUCUUAAAAACCAGCGUAAAGCUGCUUAUGACGAGAUGACAAAGCUAAUAGAGAAAGCUCAGAACAAUGCGUCGGCAUAUGAGAAGCGGUCUGAAUAUUGUGACCGUGAGAUGGCACAGAGCGACCUUAGCCUAGCAACACAACUAGACCCUCUCCGUACCUAUCCUUAUAGAUACAGAGCUGCAGUUCUUAUGGAUGACCACAAAGAAAAUGAAGCCAUAGAGGAGCUUUCGAGGGCGAUAUCAUUUAAACCAGAUCUGCAGCUGUUACAUUUACGGGCAGCGUUCUAUGAUUCAAUGGGAGAAGGAGCAUCUGCCAUCAAAGACUGUGAAGCAGCGUUGUGUAUUGAUCCAGGUCAUACAGAUACACUCGAGCUCUACCACAAAGCUCGUGAAGCAAAUACUACCGACCAAAAGUAGAACAAAACUAUUGUUUUGUUUGGUGGGCAAAUCUCUUCUUUAUUUCCCUCCUGGUAUGCUUCUACACUGUUUCAUUUCCUACUGCAAACAGAGCAAUCAACAAAGGUUUGGUUUGAGUGAACAGAGAACAAACAUAAAAAAGCAAAGCAUAGCCAUGUAAAUAGAAACUUUUAUACUGUUUUUUUUUUUUAAACUUUAAUUUUUGGUUAUUGGGGGUGGUGAGGAUACUAUAGUAGUGCAGAGAGUGUUUCUUGCUGCUACAGGUAAAACGUUUUCUGGCCAAAGAGGAAACCAUGAAGAAGAGAACUUACCUCUGGUGAAAUUGGACUUCUUCUUCUGUCCUGUUUCUGAGAUGUGUUUAUUGGUUCUUUCUUUGAUUUUUAUUUUUAUUUUUACUGGGAUUAUGUAAUUGUAUCUGUAACUUUCUCAACUUUUUCUUUUACAUAUUUCUUGUAUUGAUUCUCUAAGCAUCCAGGGAUGUGUUUUUUAUCCUCUUGAAACUAGAAAACAGAGAGUCUAUUCAUUCAAUAUACAUUUUGCAAGAUCA